AAAAUCUUCUAUGGCACGAUGAUCAAUGCAUGGCCUUUCUUUUUGCUGAAAAAUAGCCUGAUGUAAUGCACUUUUAGCUAAGCACAGUUUGUUUAAGCCGAACAGGAAGUAUUUGUCAUUACGUUAUCCACUUUUUACGGGUUUUCUACUGGAUUUUUGACUGAAAGAUCACAUUUUCAUGAAGCUGCCCGCAUUCGGCUUUGCUGAAGCGGGUAGAUUCGAAUCGCAGUCUUUCCAAAAUAGGCUGUCGAACAAGCAUCCUUAUGGGAGGCAUACAAUCAAAUAGAAGACCUUCUUACGAUGCCAAUGGACAAGUGAACUUUGAUCAUUUUCAAAUUCUCCGCGCCAUUGGCAAAGGUGCAUUCGGCAAGGUAUGCAUCGUUCAAAAGAAGGAUACCAAAGCGAUGUACGCCAUGAAAUAUAUGAAUAAAUACGCCUGCCUGAAAAAGGACGCUGUGAGAAAUGUUCUUCGUGAGCUAGAAAUCCUACAAAAAAUUGAACAUCCAUUUAUCGUAAACCUUUGGUUUGCUUUCCAAGACGAAGAGGAUAUGUUUAUGGUUGUAGACCUGCUUCUAGGCGGAGAUAUUCGGUACCAUUUGCAACAAGGAAUGAAAGUGGACGAGAAACGAGUCCAGCUCUACAUCUGCGAGCUGGGCUUAGCCCUGGGAUAUUUAAAAGAAAAUCGAAUAAUCCACAGAGAUGUGAAGCCUGACAACAUAUUGCUCGAUGAAAAAGGACAUGUUCAUUUGACAGAUUUCAACAUUGCCACUGUACUUGACGAGGGAACCUUGGCAACAUCUAUGUCUGGGACCAAGCCUUAUAUGGCACCAGAGAUCUUUCAAACAGCAUGUGGCAGCAUCCAAGGGUAUAGUUUCUCUGUUGACUGGUGGAGCCUAGGAAUAUGCGCAUAUGAGAUGCUUAGAGGAAGGAGACCAUAUGAAAUCCAUGCCAACACAGGAAUACAGGAUGUUAAUCAGAUGUUUUCUUCUGAGUCAAUUUACUAUCCUCAAAACUGGUCAAAGGCUAUGACAAAUAUUCUACAAAAGCUGCUUCAACAAGACCCAAGACUUAGACUAGCGACAGUAGAGGACCUUAAGCAACAUAAAAUCAUGGCAUCUGUCAACUGGGUUGACAUUUWUGAAAAGAAAGUCAAGCCUUCGUUUGUACCACCAAAAGAUCACCUGAACUGCGAUCCAACAUAUGAACUUGAAGAGAUGAUUAUAGAGUCAAAACCAUUACAUAAAAAGAAGAAACGACUUGCAAAGAUGACAAGUAAAAUUGACAGCAAUAAUAGCAGUGUAGAUCCAAUGCAGGCUUCAUUGGAYGAAAUUAGAAAAGAAUUUAAGAUUUAUAAUCGAGAGAAUAAACAUUUAUGYGAGGUACAAAARGCCAGUCAAGAAAAUUUGAAUGGACCUCCAGUAGAAGAAACCUUACCAAAAAGUCUUGAAAGUGAGAAAGUGGAGAUAAAAGAGGAUGGUAACAAAGCUACAGAAAAUAACAGCACAGUAAAUACAACAGAAGGUGGUAUAGUCACUAAGGAAUCAUAAAUAAUGUACUACAACAAGAGGGAUAUUACAGGAAUUUAUAAGACAUAUAAGUCAUGGAUUUGUACGUUACCAUGACGCACACUAUGCAUUAAAAAUCAAAAAUCCUUUGCGAUUCAUUCACCAAUUAAAAAACAUGAUUCCUUUUUUGGCCUUAGAGAUUAUUUAUUUGCAGCUUUCUUGUAUUACAUUUAAUUGACUAAAAACAAAGGAAGACA